UUCACUAUUGUUUCAUAUGGGUUUAAAUAGGCUUCCUCUUCUUGUCUCAGCUUCUUUAAUGAAGCUUCAAUCAUGGCUCCAUGGGUCUCCCAAUUAAUUCUCCUUCUACUCUUCCCUCUCACUGUAAUCCCUUUCAAUUCAGACCUCAUAACACAACUACCAGGCCAACCCCCGAACUCUUCUUUCAAGCAGUAUUCAGGUUACGUCCUUACAGAUACUAACCAUGGUAGAGCCCUCUUCUACUAUUUUGUCGAGGCCGAUGCCCAUGACUCCAUCUCCCGCCCAUUAACGCUUUGGCUCAAUGGAGGCCCUGGAUGUUCAUCACUUGGAUUUGGCGCAUUCAUGGAACAUGGUCCUUUUCAGCCUGGUGAUAACUUUACCUUAAUUCACAACAAAUAUUCAUGGAAUUUGGAGUCCAAUGUGUUGUAUGUGGAGAGCCCAAUCGGAGUUGGUUUUUCCUAUUCAAAUACAAGCUCGGAUUACAUCCAUUGGAAUGACACUACAACUGCCAAGGACAACCUGAGAUUCCUCAUCAACUGGUUCGAAAAGUUUCCGGCUUAUAGAGACUCUGACCUUUACUUAACAGGGGAGAGCUAUGCAGGACAUUAUAUACCACAGCUUGCAACCCUCUUGGUGGAUUACAACAAACAACCCAACAUAAGACCCAUCAAGCUCAAGGCAAUCGCUCUUGGGAAUCCACUUUUGGACUUGGACAUAAGUGUGAAUUCAGAGGACUUCCUAUGGGCACAUGGAGUCAUUUCUGAUUCUGCACUGAAGCUCCAAAAAACAGUGUGUAACAUUUCGACGUAUCUUCGAUUUUAUGUCCACGACCAAUAUUCGCAAGCUUGCAAUGAUGUGUUCAACAUAGUGAAUGAUGAGCUGGGACCAGAUACAGAUAGAGGGGACAUCCUCUUACCCAUUUGCUUAAGUAAUGGGUCUUCAUUACAAGGAGUCUUCCCUAAAGGGAUUCAUGGAAAGAUUCAAGCAAAGAGAUCUUUGAGUAUAAGAAGUGGUGACCCAUGUCUUGGAGAUAGGGUGUUUGCCUACUUGAACAAGCCGGAAGUCCAAAAAGCACUUCAUGCCAACAUCACUCAUCUGCCCUUUCACUGGGACUUUUGCUCAGGGUCUCUCUCUCUCUCUUAUAAAAAAAGCUUACCAGGAGAAUUGAUUUUCCUUUCGAAAUUCAGGCCUCUAGUCUAUCAAGAAGACAAUUUGGACAUGGACGUAAUGCCACUCAUGGUUCACCUUCUCAACGAGAAUAUACCAGUCUUGCUCUACAGUGGGGACCAAGAUGCAAAGAUCCCCUUGACCCAAACAAGGAUCAUUGCCAAUCAACUGGCCAACACAUUGAAGCUUUUCUCCAUAACCAAGUAUGCUCCUUGGUAUGAUAAGAAACAGGUAAUACUCUCU